AUGAAUUUGCAGUGCCGGAAGUUUGGAGAGGUCGAGGAUAAUCAACCAUCUGCGAACUGCACGGUGAAACGCUUUUGGGAUAAAUGGCAGUUUUUGACGAUCCCGGAAGUUUACGUCUGCAAACCUCAUCAAUUCAACUUUAAAACUUUUUUCAACAUCACCCGGGAAGAGUCACUCAGGGGCGGAGUUUGCCAAGGAAUCGGCGAUAAUGUCAAGUGCUUCAUUCCGAAAGCGAUUCAGAAGACCUUUUUGAAUCUUGUUCUCUUCGCACUGACCUCUUUUGGUCUGGUCUUUGCUUCCCUCGAACUCGUUCUCACGAUCUUCAAGCAGAUCUACAGAGCUUACAAAGUGCUUUACAAGAAGGAACUACAGGAUAAGUCCAGAAAUCAACCCGAUUUAGAAAUCACCCAUCCAAUGGAAUUCCACGAGUUCAAGACUGGCCGACUCAUGUCGACUGAAGAAGAACCGAUCUUAGUCAGUUCUUCUUUGAAACGAAGAGACAACAACAACCGUCAUUUAUAA